AUGUUCCGCUUAGCGCGACGCAUCCCACGACGCGUUCCAGUUGCACCCAUCUCCUCACGAGCAUUGCGGUCUUUCACAUGCGGUUAUCCUCGGAUGACGCCAGUUCAACCCCCGGUGUCCACCACCUUGCCCUCAGACGCCUACCAGCUCCUGUCAACACAAGAAAAAGCCGGUGAAGCUGAAGAUGCGCUUUACGACCAACAGAUUCGCGAUGUUGAAUCCUGGUGGAGCUCGCCUCGUUACGACGGUAUCAAGCGCCCGUAUACGGCCGCCGAUGUUGUGAGCAAGCGCGGCUCGCUCCAGCAGACGUACCCCAGCUCUUUGAUGGCGCGCAAGCUUUUCAAUUUACUCAAUGAGCGCGCCGCUGCUGGCCAGCCGGUUCACACAAUGGGAGCUAUUGAUCCCGUACAAAUGACGCAACAAGCCCCAAACCAAGAGAUUCUCUAUGUAUCUGGAUGGGCUUGCUCUUCACUUUUGACGAGUACUAAUGAGGUAUCCCCCGAUUUUGGCGAUUAUCCAUACAAUACCGUUCCCAACCAGGUCCAACGAUUGUUCAAGGCCCAGUCCAUGCAUGACCGGAAGCAGUGGGAUACGAGGCGGAAGAUGACACCAGAUCAGCGAAAGGCGACACCUUACACCGAUUAUAUGCGACCCAUUGUCGCGGACGGCGAUACCGGACAUGGUGGCCUGUCAGCGGUCCUUAAGCUCGCCAAAUUGUUUGCAGAGAACGGCGCGGCGGCUGUGCACUUCGAAGAUCAAUUGCACGGCGGAAAGAAGUGCGGCCAUCUUGCAGGCAAGGUGCUCGUUCCCAUGGGUGAACACAUCAACCGACUAGUCGCUGCCCGAUUCCAGUGGGAUAUGAUGGGAUGUGAGAACUUGGUCAUUGCACGCACAGAUUCCGAAAGCGGUCGCCUUAUCAGCAGUGCUAUCGAUGUGCGUGAUCACGAAUUCAUUCUCGGUAUCACAGAAGAUGUGGAGCCUUUAGCCGAAACUCUCCAGGCCAUGGAGCGUGAAGGUGCCUCACCUAGCGAGAUCGACGCGUUCGAACUCGAUUGGGUCAAGAAACAUAAACUUGUUACUCUCGACGAAGCUGUCGAUGCCCAUCUAGAGUAUGAAGGAGCGCCGCAGUCAUCCCGCGAUGGCUACAAGGCUUACGUCAAGAGCAACCCCGACCUCUCAUUCUCCCGUCGCCGAGCUCUUGCAAACGACUACGCAAAGACCCCCCGUCGAUUCCCCGCAGCCACCAAGCGCGCUAAAGAAUUCGCUCCUUAUGCCGAUCUCCUUUGGGUUGAGACAGGCGACCCAGACGUGAAGAAGGCCGGUGCUCUUGCCGGUGAAGUCCGGGAGGCAUUCCCCGGAAAGAAGCUCGUUUACAACCUCAGUCCUUCGUUCAACUGGAUGGGACAAGGAUUCGAUGAGGCUUCUCUCAAGUCUUUCAUUUGGGAUAUUGCUAAGCAAGGAUUCGUUUUGCAGCUUAUCUCUCUCGCGGGCCUGCACACCAAUGCAACCAUUACCACCGAGCUUUCGCGCGCAUUCAAGGACGAGGGAAUGUUGGCCUACGUCCGUCUGGUCCAAUCGCGCGAGAAGGAUCUUGGUGUUGAUGUUCUCACGCAUCAGAAGUGGAGCGGCGCGCCUUAUAUGGAUGGUAUCAUGGGGGCGAUCCAGAGUGGAAGCAGCAGCAGCAAGAGUAUGGGCGAAGGCAAUACCGAGAAGGGUUUCUAA